AUGCUGCUGCUCUUCAACGUGCUCGAGGCGAUAAACGAAAUCGUUCGAAAGAACGUGAUAUUAGUAAACAAAUUGUAUUAGAUGUACAAACUGCAAGUAGUACAAGUGUUCAAUAUGCUCAACGUCUAUUUAAUAUAUCGGCAGGUUUUGAUUGUAGUUUGAGUAAUGAUGAAGCUUAUAAUGUAUAUGAUCAACCUUGGAAUUCCUUAACUACUAUUGCUUCUCAAAUUUAUAAACCAACAAAAAACAACAAAAGAUAA